AUGUCCUUUGCAUCAGAGAAACCAUAUCAAACUUACCUUUUAAUUUUCUGGAUACAGAUCACUGAAGAGAUAACUUCAUUACAGAAUGAAAUUUACGAUGGAUCAAUUUCUCUGGCUGAUAAUGACUUUCCACCUCAAAAUUUGAGGGAUCUUGAAAGCAUAAAACAGUGGUUAAAGCAAUAUGAUGUUUCCAUAAAUCCAAGAGAGAGUCCUUUGCAGGGAGGAGGCCCCUGUAUUUUCACCUUCAAGCCUGAGCUGCCAUCAGAUGUUGGUGUGAAAGCUUCCUUUGGUAAUUUAGAACCAAUUAUACUGGAGAAGACAAGUCUUGGCUACAUUUGUAAAAUUCCAGCUUCACCUAAAAUGACACCUGAAGUCAUUCCAGUCCGGCUCAUUUCAAUGACCACUGGUGAAAUUCUGGCAGAGACUUCUUUAGAGUACUGUGGAGUACUGUAUGUGCGAAAAAAUUUUGGUGGAAAGCCUGGAGCCUGCGGUAGUGGAAGAAGGGAAGAUGGAAGCAGUGAUGGUGGAGCCAGUGGAGGUGGGGCUAGUGGAGGUAGAAGCAGUGGAGGCAGAAGUAGUGGAGAAGGGGCCAGUGGUAGUGGAGUCAGUGGAGAUGGGACUGGUGGAACUGGAGCAGGUGGAUGUGGAGGAAAGGGAUGUGGAACCUAUGGAGGUGGAGCUACUGGAUGUCAAUACAGAAUAG